AUGCCAGAAGAGAAUAAUAAUUUUAUUAAUUUUUAUAAUUUAUUUAAUUAUGAUUUAAUAAUUAAAAAGAAGCAAGUCAAACAUAUUGUGUUCCUAAAUUUUGACCAUUAACACGACCAGAUCAAAUUGGAAUAAUCUCUAUUUUCGAGUUAGACUAUAUUUUAUGAAAUACACGGCUCGUGAAAUAAUAACGGUAAACACAUUUGGAUAUAACGUAAGUGUUGUCUUUUUCUCACAGCUUUUAGCCGCUUUUCGUGCUAUUGUUGAUAUUGAUCUGAAUUUUAAUCAAACGCCCGAAAUAACCGUGCUGGAUAUGUAUAAUGAAUACGUGUGA